GUUCUGGUUUAACAAAUGGAAUGAACUUUCCUCUUCCUGCUUUGAAAUCCAUGACAUCAAUUGCUGAAGCUCAUGCCAAGCUGUCUUUGCGUAGCGAAGUUACAGAAGAUGAUGCCGUCGUUGCCAUUUUGCUGUACGAGGAAUGCAUUACAGCUAGACUCGGAUACUCUGUCCUCGGUGUGAGACAAUUUCAUCAUUUUAAAAACGACACUUUGGCCUCUUUCAUUAAUAUUCAGAAUGAGAAAUUGAGCCAGAUGAAACGUCAAAUGAAACGAUUUUGUCACUUGCACUCGAACUAUAAGCACGCUUCGUCGUCCAUCAACCGUGAAGAAUAACUACAAAACAAUGCCAUCACCAUAUAUGAUGACCGCGAUCUCUUGCUUAAAAACAUUAUUAUUUCACGUAUUUCGACUAUAUGACAUUGCCAUCUUUUGCAGAACAGCAUUUUCAUGAGUAGCUACAUGAAAAAUUUCGUUUUACAGAGUUAAUCCCACGAGGAAACCUUAGUUUCUUUGCUUAAAAUAAACCAGUUGGGAGAACUUUCUCCAGUUCUUAACCAAUUAAAA